UUCAGGUCAGUUUUUUGUUAUAGAAAAUAGCCGGCUUUAUAUCGGAGGGAAAAGAAAUUUUUCCAGAGAAUUCCGCCGUGUUAAUCGAAAGUGUGAGCCAACUCCAUUACCGAACGCUUUUUCCGGCGUCCUGGAACUGGAAAAAAGCCUGGAAGUUCUAGAAUAGUCCAGCCCUUGAAGAACGUUGUUCAAGUCGGCAGUGAACUAUUGAUACAGCCGCCCCCUUCUCCCUUCUCUGUCCGAAUUCCAGAAAUCCCCACUCCGGGGGACGUUUCAAUUCAAUCCGCACGGCGCUCACAUGUUCUAGAACUUUCCUCGCCGGUCAUCAAACCGAGUCCCGUACCAAGACUCUAGUCGGUGCCUUUUCGACGAACUGAAAAGUUGCCAGCGCUAGAUAUCUACAGUUUUUCCAGCUCUACGUUCCCAGCACAAAACACAAAGACAGACAAUUGUAAUUUUUCACGGGCUUGGAAACAAUUUAUGGCCGCUAUGUCCGUGAUCGGUAUAGAUUUCGGUAAUGAGUACUGCUAUGUCGCUGUCGCCCGUGCUGGCGGCAUUGAAACGAUCACAAACGACUACAGCCUCAGAGAGACGCCAUCAUGUGUGGCAUUCAGUGGGCGGAAUCGUGUCUUAGGAGUUGCUGCGAAGAAUCAGACGGUGACGAACAUGAAGAACACGAUCCAUGGUUUCAAACGGGUGCUCGGGAGAACAUGGGAGGACCCCCAUGUUCAGAAGGAACUGCGUUCCGUUCCUUUCAACGUUGUGAACCACCAAGGGGGUGUGGGCUACAAGGUCAAUUAUAUGGAUGAGGAACACAUCUUUAAACCUGAACAAUUAACUGCCAUGUUAUUCACCAAACUAAAGGAGACAUCAGAACAUGCUUUGAAGACCAAAGUUAACGACUGUGUUAUUUCAGUCCCAUCAUUCUAUACGAAUGCUGAAAGAAAGGCAUUAUUAGAUGCUGCACAAAUAUCUGGAUUGAAUGUUUUGAGGCUAAUGAAUGAGACUACAGCCACUGCCCUUUCUUAUGGGAUAUACAAACAGGACUUGCCAUCGCCAGAAGAAAAGCCGCGUAACGUCUUUUUUGUCGACUGUGGCCAUUCCUCUCUUCAAGUCUUCGCUUGUGCUUUCAACAAAGGGAAACUUAAUAUGCUAGCAACUGCUUGCGACCCGAAUCUCGGAGGAAGGGACUUCGACAAAAUUCUCGCUGAUCAGUUUUCAAAGGAGUUUGAGACACGAUAUCACAUCUAUCCAAGGAACAACCAUCGCGCUUAUCUUAGGCUUUUGACUGAUGUUGAAAAACUAAAGAAACAAAUGUCAGCCAAUUCUACAAUGUUGCCUUUGCAGAUAGAAUGCUUCAUGGAUGAUAAAGAUGUUCGUGGUGAAAUGAAAAGGGCUGAUAUGGAAGGACUGUGUUCCCACCUCUUCCACCGAGUGGAACAGACACUAAGGAAAUGUUUGGAAGAUUCAAAGCUCCGAAAAGAAGACAUCUACGCUGUUGAGAUUGUCGGGGGAUCUACGAGGAUUCCUGCUAUCAAGAAUUUGAUUGAGGUUGUUUUUGGCAAAGUUGCUAGCACUACUUUGAACCAGGAUGAAGCUGUUGCUAGAGGAUGUGCUCUGCAGUGUGCCUUGCUCUCGCCAGCUGUCAGGGUUCGAGAAUUUAGUAUCACUGAUAUUCAGAACUAUCCCAUCAAGCUUGUCUGGGAUCCAAGUGCAAAGGAAGAUGGUGAAAUGGAAGUCUUCCCACAAUUCCAUCCAGUUCCAUUCAGCAAAAUGUUGGUCUUCUAUCGAAAAGAGAACUUUGAAUUAAGAGCAUUUUAUAACAAUGAUGUUCCGUACCCUGAUAAAUACAUAGGACGUUAUAUUAUUAAGGAUGUCAAAGCGACUUCUGAAGGCGAGUCUAGUAAGAUUAAAGUUAAAGUGAGAGUCAAUAUCCAUGGCAUUGUGAGUGUUGUCAGUGCUACACUUGUUGAGAAAAAAGAUGUCGAAGAAGAGUCUGAAAACAUGGAGGCUUCUCCUUCUGAAAAUGGUGCAAACCCUCUGCCGGAACCAAUGGAACAGGGUCAAGAAAAUGGCGAAGUUGAUCCACCUCAAAAUAAAGAUAACACAGAUAAAAAUGAAAAGGGAGACAAGAAAGACUCGAAAAAAAAGAAACAAGUUACAAAAGCCCUUGAUCUUACUAUUGAAUCUUUAAUGCAUGGACUUUCUACUGAACUGAUUAAUGAUUAUUAUGAAAAAGAAUGCAAAAUGGUAGCCCAGGAUAAACAAGAAAAGGAAAGAGCAGAUGCUAGAAAUGCACUAGAAGAAUAUGUUUAUGAUUUAAGAGGAAGAUUAGGCGAUGAGAGUGAUCUUGGGCUCUUUAUGUUACCCGAAGAUAAAGAAUCCUAUAUUUCUGAACUAGACGCUAUGGAAACAUGGCUGUAUGAGGAGGGAGAAGAUUGCAACAGGCAGAUCUAUGCUGAAAAGCUCAGUGGGUUAAAGACUGUUGGUGAGGUUGUAAAGAACAGAAAACUAGAAUUUGAAUGUAGAGAUUCGGCUUUAGAAGAACUUUCACAUUGCAUUAUGAUCUCACAAAAAGUUAUAGGACUUUUUAAGAAUGGUGAUGAAAAGUACAACCACCUUGACCCUGAGGCAGUCACAAAGAUUGAAGCUUCUGUGAAUGAAGCAUUCGAUUGGUUAAAUGAAAAGAGGACGUUGUUAAUCAGUUGCCCAAAGCAUCAAGAUCCGUCAGUAACUACCUCGGAAAUCAAGUCCAAAAAGAAGUCGUUAGAACAAGCUGUCUCUGCCGUAAUGGAUAAGCCAAAACCCAAAGUUGAACCACCACCUGAACCAGCCGGCGACAAUAAAGCGAAUAAUGGCAAACAACAGCAAACACCACCUCAGGAACAACCGGCUAACGAUGAAGCAAAGACAGACAAUAUGGAUAGGGGGCGACGCUGAAUUUACUAAAGCUGAUGGUCCUCGUGUUCAUAAACCUGCGACUACCACAUUUUGAAAAAGAUGAAUAUGAGAAGAGAAAUAACUGGACAUUAAGCCAAAGGAAUUGUUCUUGUUCGGAAGCCUUUUGUUUUAUUUUCCAGUGAUUAGUGUUUUCUUUACAAAAAUCCAAUGUCUCUUAUCAUUUCUGAUUAACUCCGAAAUAUAAAUAUACAUUUUU